AGGCAGAAUCGGAAACAGGACCAGUGACCCAGGCCAAGCCUGGGGAUGGAGCAGUGGCCAGGACACAGGCAGUGACCUACGCUGAGGCCGUGCCUUGACAAGGGAAGUGAGCAAGAUGGAAGCUAAAACUAAGACUAGAGUUGUGGCUGAGACUAAGGCAGAUCCCCCUACAGAACCUGGUAUAGUGUCCCAAACCAAGUCAAAGGCCAUGCCUAUGUCCAGGGUCAGUGCUGUGACCAAGUAUGAAGUCAAUGCUGGUGCUGGAAGUGAAGCCAAUAUCAGGUCCUUUGCCAAGGCUGAUGAUAAAGACAAUAUUGGGUCCAGGCCCCAGAGAAGGAGAGAGGCCAGCAUCAAGUUCAGGGUGGGGGACAGAGCUGGUAUUGUAAUUGAGUCCAGUGAUGAGGCUGAAGAAAAUGUCUUCUCUUGGUUUUGGACUGGAGAAGAGCCUAGUGUAGGAUCCUGGUUCUGGCCUGAAGAAGAGACCCCUUUUCAAGUGUAUAAGCCUCCAUGUAAGAUCCAGGAAAAGCCCAAACCCACACCCAAACCCAAACCCGAACUUACUAUAAAGCAAAAAGCGGCAGCAUGGUCAAGGGCCAGGUUUUGUGUCCUAGUCCCAGUAGAGGGAGGGGAGAGAUCCUUGCCUCCAGAAGGGAACUGGACUCUGGUUGAGACCUUGAUUGAAACUCCUCUGGGGAUUCGGCCUCUGACCAAGAUCCCACCCUAUAAUGGGCCUUACUUCCAGACCUUAGCUGAGCUCAAAAAACAGGUUAAGUAUAGGGAAAAGUAUGGGCCCAAUCCAAAAGCCUGCCGCUGCAAAUCACGUGUUUUUAGUUUAGAGCCUAAAGAGUUUGAUAAACUCGUUGCCCUACUUAAGUUAACUAGGGAUCCUUUCAUUCAUGAAAUAGCUACAAUGAUAAUGGGUAUCAGUCCUGCUUAUCCAUUUACCCAAGAUAUAAUUCAUGAUGUAGGUAUUACUGUUAUGAUUGAAAACUUGGUCAAUAAUCCCAAUGUUAAAGAACACCCUAGAACUUUAAAUAUGGUGGAUGACAACUCUGAGUCUUCUGGAGAACCAAAAACAGGAGAGUCAUAUGUAAACCAAGUUUGUAAGGACAUAAUCUCUUAUCCUUUGAACUCCGCUGAGCAACUGGCUGGACUAAAAUUAUUAGUGCAGCUGAGUGUAAAAUUUGAGGACCACCAUAUGAUUGUCAAUUAUAUUCCAGAUUUCCUCACCUUGUUAAACAAGGGAAGUGGCAAAACCAAGUUUUAUGUUUUAAAAGUGUUUUCGCGCUUGUCUAAAAAUCAAGCCAAUACAAGAGAACUGAUCAGUGCCAAAGUACUGUCAUCAUUGGUUGCGCCCUUUAACAAAAAUGAGUCAAAGGCCAAUAUUCUUAAUAUCAUUGAAAUAUUUGAGAAUAUAAAUUUCCAAUUCAAAAAGAAGGUGAAGCUAUUUACCAAGGAAGAGUUCACUAAAUCUGAACUUAUUUCCAUAUUCCAGGAAGCAAAAGAGUUUGGUCAGAAACUACAAGACUUAGCAGAGCACAGUGAUCCUGAGGCCUGCUUUAAGGCUGGUCACUUCUCCAAAGAAAGAAAGGAGGAGGAGUCUGGUUCAAAUCUCUGGAGGAUAUGCAGGCUGCUGUAGAGUUUGACGCCACUGGAAUCAAGGAAAGGAGCAAGGAAUUGUGCCACAUCAGUGC